GUGCGUUGGGGAGGGGUGGGAAAGGGGUUGCCGAGGCAGAGCCCUCGGUGUAGCGGCUGCCUCGGGAAGGCGUGCUUUCGCCGCUUUCCGAGUGCUUGGCCCGGUCUCUGCUCCUCGGCCAAACAUGGACUUCAGAGAAAUUCUCUUGAUAGCUUCCAAAGGACAAGGUGUCAACAAUGUGCCGAAAAGAUAUAGUUUAGCAGUGGGACCUCCCAAGAAAGACCCAAAAGUUAAAGGUGUCCAAUCAGCAGCCGUACAAGCUUUUCUUAGAAGGAAAGAAGAGGAACUUAGACAAAAAGCCUUAGAAGAGAAAAGGAGAAAAGAAGAACUAGUGAAAAAACGAAUUGAGCUCAAACAUGACAAGAAAGCAAGAGCUAUGGCCAAGAGGACAAAGGAUAAUUUCCAUGGUUACAAUGGGAUUCCUAUUGAGGAAAAGUCAAAGAAGAGGCAGGCAGUGGAAAGCCACACCAGCCAGGCAGUACAACAAGAGUAUGAGAUGGAAGAAGAGGAUGAAUUUUUAGAAUACAAUCAAGCAGAGUCAGAACAGGAGUAUGAAGAAGAGCAAGUACCUCCCAAAGUUGAAAGCAAACCAAAGGUCCCCCUUAAAAGUGCCCCACCACCUAUGAACUUCACUGAUUUACUGAGGCUGGCUGAGAAAAAGCAGUUUGAACCAGUGGAGAUCAAGGUAGUGAAGAAAUCAGAAGAGCGGCCUAUGACUGCGGAAGAACUUAGGGAGCGAGAAUUCCUGGAACGAAAGCAUAGGAAAAAGAAACUUGAGACAGAUGCAAAACUACCUCCAACUGUGUCCAAAAAGGCACCCUCUCAGAAAGAAAGUGUGGGCACAAAACUUAGCAAAGGUUCUGGGGACAGGCGUCUUUCUUCUAAAGGAAUGCCCUUUCCUCAUAGUGAGAAGAAAUCCAAACCCAGCACAGCCCAUGAGAAACACUUAUCAGUGUCUUCAUCCAAAUCCAUGCCAGGAGAGAGGACCAAGGCAGGAUCUGGCUGUAGUUCCCAACCCUCACUUCGUGAGGGUCAUGACAGACCUGUUUUCAAUGGGGCUGGAAAGCCCCACUCUAGCACCUAUUCACCAAGUGUCCCAAAGACUUCUGCCAGUGGGACUCAGAAAUCUGCUACUGAGCACAAAGCCAAAAAAUUUCCCCCUUUUCAUCCUAGCCAUUCCAAGCCUGGGCCCACAGUCACCCCACACAAUAAGGCUAAGAGUCCAGGUACCAGGCAGCCAGGCAGCAACUCCAACUCAGCCCCUGGGAGACCCAGCCCAGGGACUGCUCGGUCCAUACUUAGUUCUGGCCCUGUGCCUAGACGCCAGAAUGGCAGCUCCAGCUCAGGACCUGAGCACUCGGCCAGUGGGACCAAGAAGCUAGUCAGUGACUCAAAUCCUUCUGGGCCGACAGUCACUGGUACAAAUGGCCCUGGAAGACCUGCAACCAUUUCAAGUGGCCCUGGGCGACCCAUCAAUGUCUCAGGUAGUUCUGGGAGACUUGUAGGCAGUUCUGGAGGCCCUGGGCGGCCUACAAGCAGUCCACAUGACCUUCGACAACCCGUGACUAGCUCAGGACCCCCUGGGCGGUCGGUCAGUGGGCUUGGACGAUCCAUAAGUGGCUCGGUUCCAGCUGGACGUAUUAUCAGUAGUUCAGGCCCUGGAAGACCAGUAAGUGGCUUAGGACCUGGGCGAACAGUUAGUAGCCCAGGUCCCCCUUUAAAGCCCAAGUGUACUGUUGUGUCAGAAACAAUAUCUUCCAAGAAUAUUAUUAGCCGAACCAGCAAUGGACAGAUAAAUGGAAUGAAACCUGCUCUCUCUGGCUACAGAUCUGCCCAAGGUCCUCAAAGACUUCCUUUCCCUACUAGUUACAAAAGGCAGCGAGGAUAUGAGGAGGAAGAUGAUGAUGAUGAAUAUGAUUCUGAAAUGGAUGAUUUCAUUGAAGAUGAAGGAGAACCUCAGGAAGAAAUAUCCAAGCACAUUCGAGAAAUCUUUGGCUAUGACCGAAAAAAAUACAAAGAUGAAAGUGAUUAUGCCUUACGUUACAUGGAGAGUAGUUGGAAAGAGCAGCAGAAGGAAGAAGCAAAGAGUUUAAGACUAGGUAUGCAAGAGGACUUAGAGGAAAUGAGACGUGAAGAAGAAGAAAUGAAACGUCGAAAAGCCAAGAAGCUGAAGAGACGUUAGCUGCUCUUUAUUUUUGAAAAAUUCUGGAAACACUGCUGCAAGGAGAUUCUGCCUUCAGACUGAAUAAGCCCCCUUUUCAUUUUAGAUUUAUACUUGGGUACUCAAGAGAAGGAAUGCAUACUGUUACUUGCAGGCUGUCAACUGAGCAUAAAGUAUUUUCAAAUACUCCAGGGUGAAAUCUGUAAUGCCCACAGUGUGCUCUUAUGAAGUUAACUGUUCACACAAGAUGCCAGCCUUGAUCCUGAUGAGCUAUGCACUCUAAUGUGGGGCCACUGACAAGUCAGCCAAUCUUCUGUUGUUCCUUUGCUAUUUUAAAAGGAAAGAAAGGAUUGCCUCUUGACUCCUUAUAAUUCUGCUGAUGUGAGUAGGGCACUGCCCAACUCCAAAUCAAACUCAUUGUCUUUAUGAGGAACCUGGCCCUUCCAUGAAUGUUUCCAGCAAUAAAGUGACCUGUCCUAAUCUAUAUGUUUGGAUUGAGAACUCAAAAAUGUAGAGUAAAUUUUAUAAUUAUCACAUGGAUGUCAUCCUUGUGACUUUAAAGUACAAAGUAGAAGGAAUUAUAUUGUAUUCUGCAUUAUACAUGGAUUGCAUUACUGAACAUUCUUAUUAAUUUAGGUGGUUAGGCAAAUAAAAGUUUUCCAGUUAAAAAUACAAGUUAGGCCAAUAUAAGAAUGUUCUUUUCUGAGUUUUCCUUUCAGAUUUAUUGAGUUAUUUUUUGUUUGUUUGUUUUUGGUUUUUUUUUUUAGAUUUAUUGUUAUGUUGGCUUUAGCGUAAAACAGACAAGGUCACUGUGCUGAUUUAUUUUUUUCUAAAGAAGUUCAUUUUUAUAUUGAAGAAAAAAAUUAUUUUAUUCAAAUGUUAGAUUUGAGAGAGUGUUUAAAAGAAAGUGACAUGAGAGGCUCCCCCAGUACAAAGAUAUUUUGGAAUCCCAAGGUCCCCUUGUACCUCUUGAUGUUAAUGACUGCAUUUUUAGCUUAAAUUCCUUAGAAAAUAUCAAUGACAAAAAACCAAAAACUAAAUUUGUUGUGUAUUAAAAGCAUCACCUUCUCUUUUUGCCCAUAUUGCACUUUUCUUUCAAACUAUGCACUGUGAAGAGAUUCCCACUCCCCAACCCCUAACCCCCAGGUAGAAAAGGGUGUUUCCUGUUAUUGGUAUUUUAUUGGGCUGUGGAACUUUCUUCAUUUUCACUCUUAAAGUCAUAUCUAUAGACAUUAUAUCACUUAAGCCUCAAGUCUAAGCAGUUCCAGUCAGGCUGACCUGAGAUCUGUCUGGAAGGAAGCCAAUUCUCAAGGACAAUUAGCAACAGAAAAUGAGACAAGAUAUUACAGAGCAUUUGUCCUGAACUCCAAAUAUGGAGGAUUGGAGGCAGUCAGAAAUAAGCUUGUAGGACAAUACUUCAAUAAUUGUUCUGGCUUAAGCCACUGGACAGUGGGGGAAAGGAAGUAGAAGGGGAAUUGUCCUACAAAGAAUCCUUACUCACUCUUCAGCAGACACAGACAUUUUCAUAUAUUCCUUUUUACCCAUGAAGUCUUUAUUCUUCGAGUUUGGGUAUUAUAGUAUUACCGAGUACCAUUGUUAGCUUUCAUUAAUGGGACCAUAUGACCAAGUCCUUUAAAACUUAUUUUGAAUUGAGUUUCAAACUUUGAAAGUGCAAGGAUUCAAUUUUAAAGUUGGAAUCCCAUGAAAUGUGUUUUCUUCAUUAGGAGUAACACCAUAACUCUUCACAUAGAUGUUACACUAGUAGUAGAAAAUCCUAUUGACUUCCUCUCACCCAUCUCAAACACCUUCAGUGAAAUUGAUUUAAGGGUAGUGGGAUAUUCUGUUUAAUAAAAUAGGUUUAGAACAUUUUCUCUACCAUAGGCCCUCCCUCAAAAAAGUUUUUUUCUUGGAUUUUUUUUUUCAAUAUUCAGACUCUGAAAUUUGUAAUUACAAUCAAAUACUUAUAGCUGAAAGAUUUCUGGUGGCUUAAAAUUUACUAGCACUGAAUGAAUGGUGCACUUAUUACUGAAAGAAACCAUUGUGCUAGAUUAGUAGGAAGAGUCAGGUUGUAAAUCUAUCACUUUUGAGCGAGAAGUAUUCUUUCAUAAUAAGAUGCUGACCUGCAUCAACAUUAUAAAAGAAUACUUCUGGCUCAUUAAAAAAAAGUUGUAAAUUAAUGUUGGCCUUGUUUUCAAGUCCUGUCUUCCAUUUUGUUGUUCUACACUUCCUGACCACUCUUACAAAAAGCUUACAAGCCUCUGAAGAAACUGGAAUAGGCUGUUAUUUUCUCAAGGUUUACAAAUUAAGUGAUUGAUUUUUAAUGUAUUCUCUACAAUUUUGAUUUUUAGAUUUUCUUAAUAUUUGAAGAUGUGCCUUUUAUUGGGUAAUGUUAAUUCACGAAUGUAAUAAUGUUAUUUCACAAUUAUAAAAAUGUUACAUGAUCAUGGGUGUGGCAUUCUCUAACACAAAAGAUGUGAAAAGAAAGUAGUUUUCAUAAAACUCAUGGCUCUGAUUGCACAGUCCAUUUUGCUUGUGAUGUUUCAAUGUCAAAGCAAAGGGCACUUUCUUUUAAGGCUACUUUCAGAACUUGUCUUUGUAUUUUCUCUAUAAACUAUAAAUGCAAUUAUGUCCAUUUGGAGGCCAGGGUACCACAUGUCACAGGCAGCCUUACAUGUGUGCCAUGAGAAAGUUCAAAGACUGUUAACAAAAAGAAAGUCUAUGGGAACUCAAAAUUUCAUUUUUUAAUGGUAAUCCCCAAGAUUUUCUCCAAGAAAUAAAUUGUUAUUUUGUAUUUUGUAACUUAAAAGCAGCUAUUAGUACAUUUCUGAGAUAUAGCAGGAGACCAAAACAUUUUUGAAAAGAGAAUAAAUAUAUGAAGAGAGACUGGUUGUUUUAUUUUCAGUGUGCUGAAUAUAUUAGACUAUUUAUUUUGUGAGUGGAUGUGAUGAAAUAAAUAUUCAGGUGUUUAGUAUAUGAUUAAGAGUGGAAUAUAGAUUCUUUGAAGUUGUUAAAUCCAUCAUGUCUUUUACAUAAUGGACAAAUCAAGUUUGAAAAAACAAAACAACAACAACAACAACAAAAAAAACAACCUUUACAUAGCUUAGCUUGUUUUCUGGUGCUGUUGACCUGCAAGAGAAAAUACUUUUGCAUAUACA